AUGGAGAAGAACAAGAACAGCAGCAGCAAUGGAGUGCGGGUGUGCGUGACCGGAGGCGCCGGGUUCAUCGGCUCCUGGCUCGUCAAGAAGCUCCUCGAGAGAGGCUACACCGUCCACGCCACGCUGCGGAACAUCGGGGACGAGGAGAAAUCGGGGCUGCUCCGGCGGCUGGUCCCCGGCGCGGCGGAGUCCGGGCGCCUGGUGGUGUUCGAGGCCGACCUCUAUGACGCGGCCACGUUCGCGCCGGCCAUCGCGGGGUGCCAGUUCGUCUUCCUCGUCGCCACGCCGUUCCAGCACGACGCCACGAGCGCCAAGUACAAGAGCACGGCGGAGGCGGCUCAGGACGCGGCGCGGGUGAUCCUCCGGCAGUGCGCGGACUCCGAGACGGUGAAGCGCGUGAUCCACACCGGCACCAUGGCGACGUGCUCGCCGCUCAAGGAAGACUCCACGGGGUUCAAGGACGCCGUCGACGAAUCCUGCUGGACGCCGCUCGACGUCGACUACCCUCUCCGGGACCCGCAGUUCCAUGUGCGAGUACAUCCUUUCCAAGCUGCUGUCGGAGAAGCGUUGCUGGCCUACAACGCCGCCGAGAGCCCGGCGUUCGAGGUGGUCACGGUGCCCUGCCCCGUCGUGGCCGGCGACACGCUGCAGGGCCGCACCACGGUCGCGCUGGAGUCCGCCACGUCGCCGGUGACCCGCGACGCGCGCCACUUCGGGGCGCUCAGGAUGCUGCAGCGGCUGAUGGGCUCGGUGCCGCUGGCGCACGUGGACGACGUCUGCAACGCGCUCGUCUUCUGCAUGGAGCGGCCGUCCAUGGCCGGCCGGUUCCUCUGCGCCGCCGCGUACCCCACCGUCGACGAGAUCGUCGGUCACUUCGCCGCCAAGUACCCGCACCUCGACCUACUUAGAGAGACGGAGCUCGGGUUGCCUAGCGUGCAGGCUCACAGCAACAGGCUCGGCGAGCUAGGAUUCAGAUACAAAUACGGAAUGGAAGAGAUACUUGAUGGCAGCGUCGACUGUGCAGUAAGAUUUGGUCGCCUCGAUGCAUCCAAGUUCAGCAUGCAAGAACGAUAA